AUGGCAUGGAAGCAUGUAGUUUCCGAAAAGAAGAGCAACGACGCAAGCGCCGCCAGUCAGUCAGCCCCGAAAGACGCAAUCGAGCCAUUGGCAGACUUCGACUGGACGCAAACCGAGCCGCGGCGGUUCCGGCCGUUCAAGCCCGCAUACAACAUCACAAUGGCCCUCCAAAGCAGCACCCCGUCCGACCUCAUCGUCAUCGACCGCACGUACCUCGAGGGGAUCACAGAGCGGCGUAGGAUCAUAGCCGAAAACGCAGCGACCGUGCUGGGCGCCAUUCCCCAAGGGCACGGCGCCGUCAUGGAGACAUACACCUACCUCCUCGGCGAGUACUUGCCAGCACGGUAUCCCACCAUGUUUGAGCUCCGAACCAGCACCGACGGCAGCAGCACCACCUUUAUCAACAAAGUCACGUCUGCCGAGUUUCCGCUCUCGCCGCCGCCCGACGACGCGCUGGCUGCGCUGCGGAUCCUCGCCGAGACGGUCGAGGACGACAUGUUCCUGCUCGUGCAGCAGCCGGACGGCACAGACUCUGCGUCGGCGGGCGAACACAUGGCCGUCGCGUUCGUGUGCUGCCAUGCGGGAGGCUUCGACCCGGCCGAGAAGCUGGGAAAGCUACUGGCCGCCGUGCAUGCGCCGGUGCCCGCGUAUGACAAGAUCGGCCCCAGCAUGGAGCGCUUCUUUGCACGCGCCGACGUCGGUAAGAGCGUCAAGCGCAUCAAUUGGGCCAUCCAGACGCACGCUAAUAUGUUCGCGCCGACUGGCAACCACGUGCACGCGGGCGACGCAGCCGCCGUGCGCGAGGCCGAGCCCGGCGACGUCGACGUGGCCGCCGCGCGCCUGCGCGUCGAGCUGCAGACGCUCUCGCGCCUGCCGCGCACGCGCGCCCUGCUGUUCAGCUUCAAGACGUAUCUGUACUCGUUGGCUGAUGUUAAGGCCGAGGGCCUCGGACCGCAGCUGGCUGAGGCGGUCGACGGGCUCAGGAAGGGGAAUGCGCCGGCCAUGUGGGUGUACAAGGGCGGUGUCCGCUGGGGGAGGGCAGUUUGUGAGCAUUUGAGAUCGUGA